CUCAAACACUUCGAACUUUCAAGUAAUUUCUUUUCAGAAUCUCGCCGAUCUUUAUCUCUCCGCGAUGACACUAUCUUCCGUCACCAAGUCGAGCAUUCCGAGCCCCGCUCGGCGGUCAGCCUGCGAAGCCUGUAGGCAACGGAAGUCAAGAUGUGAUGGCGAAAAACCUUCAUGUCAAAGAUGCUCUAGCCUUGGCCUUGAUUGUCACUACUCUGUCAAGAGACAAAUGGGCAGACCUGCAAAACGUCGGCAAGCUUUGAUGGCAGCACUCCCUACUCCAGCAGUUCAAGACGAUACGCCCUUCCUGUCCCUCUUAUCACCUCAGUCAACGAUUGAUAUUCUCGGUCAUGGUGACUUGAAUUUAUGUUUAGAUUCAAGUUUCAUGCCUGACUUGGGCUCUGAGAUCCUCAGCGGACUUCAACUUGAGUUAGGAAACGUCACCGACUGCUCAUGUCCAACAUCAGACACCUUAUCACACUCCAAUGCCGCUCCAUCCCUCCACUCCCCCGCUUCAAAUUCUGUCUCGGUAGCUACUAGAUCACCCGUCCCGCAAACAUCGUCACGCUCAUGUUCUUGCCUGGCAACUUUCUACCUCGCAGUAGAUGAUGUCUGCAAGAACGAAAGACUUACCUUUCCAUCGGGUCUUCCAUUUCUUCGAAAAACGAUAUCACCAGCCAGCCAAAUCGCCCGUUGUCAGAUCUGUCCCACAAGCCACCUAUCUGCCAUGCAGAAUAUUCAACUUCUGGGAACUCUCCUCAUGUCAGUAGGGCAGCAGUAUGGGGUCAUCCUCGAGUCUAUAGACAGAGAGGCCAAGGCUUCAAUGGAGAAGAAUGAACUGAAACGUCUACAUUUCAGUGAAGUCGGUGUUGAGUAUUCCACAGAGGCUACAAGUUACAACCUAGAGUUAAACCCUACGGAAUGGGCGGAUUUGGCUAAGAAGGCUGUUAAGGCUGAGGUUUACGGAAAUGGGAGGGAAGAAGAGUGUUUGUGGGGUGUUUUAAACUAUCUCGAAAAACGGCAGGCUCAGUGGCAUGCAGUGCCACCGCAUCAAGAUUGUCCUCAUCAGUACCAGCAGUCGGAAGAGGAGCCGUUUUGUAUAAAGAUACUUCACAAGGCUAAAGAGUCAGUAGAGGCUCUGAAAUGGAAGUGUCGUGAGCUGUACGGCCCUGAUAAACCUGAUAUUAGUGCGAAUUCUGUUCUCUGAAGCAGGUCGCCGGCCUGGAAGAAAUGGUCUCGCUAUAGCAAUUCUACCUUAUCUCAUAGAAGAUCUUCUGCAUUCUCGUUCUCGAACUCACUUUGAUGGAACUAGCUGGUCGUUAAAUAGGACGGCCGUUGAUUUUGGGGCCGAGGAAUAUUAGCAGGCAUUACAAGCA